CCCCUGGUUACUCUCCCUGCGCGGCGCUGCUCACGUAAGUUGGCGUUUUGGUUCGCUAUGGCUCGUACAAAGCAGACUGCCCGCAAGUCGACCGGUGGCAAGGCCCCGCGGAAGCAGCUGGCCACCAAGGCGGCUCGCAAGAGCGCGCCGGCCACGGGCGGCGUCAAGAAGCCGCAUCGCUACCGGCCGGGUACCGUGGCCCUGCGGGAGAUCCGGCGCUACCAGAAGUCGACCGAGCUGCUGAUCCGCAAGCUGCCGUUCCAGCGGCUGGUGCGCGAGAUCGCGCAGGACUUCAAGACGGACCUGCGCUUCCAGAGCUCGGCCGUGAUGGCGCUGCAGGAGGCGAGCGAGGCCUACCUGGUGGGGCUGUUUGAAGACACGAACCUGUGCGCCAUCCACGCCAAGCGCGUGACCAUCAUGCCCAAAGACAUCCAGCUGGCUCGUCGCAUCCGCGGGGAGCGGGCUUAAGAAGUGUGCGCUCUGCUCGAGGUUCCAUCAAAUCCAAAGGCUCUUUUCAGAGCCACCCACGACUACACUUGAAAGCAGCUGUGUCGCUUGUCCACUCUUUUGGUAGGCGUUCGCAUACUCCGGGAGGGUAGGGCGCGCUCGAGAUGGGAGGACCUUAGAGCGCGCAAAGCACUGGACUCCUAACAUACAUAGGGUAAAGGCCAGUUAUCUGGUCUAAACCCCUGCUCCCUGCAGCCUUCCUAGAUGUCAGUAACUUAAGAAUUAGGUCA